CGUUCAUGUGACUGGUUCACGUGGUUCCAGGAAUAAUAAGGGAAGGACCGCUUCUCAAUCACACACUUUGCUGACCAGUGACUGACAGUUACGGCGGCACAGCCGACAGCCGAAGAUUUAAUCCAAGUUCACACCAACAGCUGACAUACAAGCGACAGUCAGAAUGUGGCGUGCAGCUUUCCUGCUAUUGGCUGCAAGCUUGUCGGUGAGCCUGGCCAGACCACACCUCAAAGCACUGUCCGAUGAGAUGGUGAACUACAUCAAUAAAGUCAACACUACCUGGAUGGCUGGUCACAACUUCCACAAUGUCGACUACAGUUACGUCCAGAAACUCUGUGGUACAAUGCUGAAGGGACCGAAACUGCCAAUCAUGGUUCAGUAUAGUGGGGACAUUAAGCUGCCUAAAGAAUUUGACUCCAGAGAGCAGUGGCCCAACUGUCCCACUCUGAAGGAGAUCAGAGACCAGGGCUCCUGUGGAUCCUGCUGGGCAUUUGGCGCUGCAGAGGCCAUCUCUGACCGCCUGUGUAUCCACAGUAAUGCCAAGGUCAGCGUGGAAAUCUCCUCAGAGGAUCUGCUGACCUGCUGCGAGAGCUGUGGCAUGGGUUGUAAUGGUGGCUACCCUUCAGCUGCAUGGGACUUCUGGACCAAAGAGGGGUUGGUCUCUGGAGGCCUCUAUGACUCCCACAUUGGUUGUCGUCCCUACACCAUCCCCCCCUGUGAGCACCAUGUGAAUGGCAGCAGACCCUCCUGCAGUGGGGAGGGUGGAGACACACCAGAGUGCGUCUACCAGUGUGAACCUGGAUACACACCCAGCUACAGACAGGACAAGCACUUUGGUAAAACGUCUUACAGCAUGCCCUCAGAUGUCGAGCAGAUUCAGGCCGAGAUAUACAAAAAUGGCCCAGUAGAGGGAGCCUUUACUGUCUAUGAAGACUUUGUGCUGUACAAGUCUGGUGUGUAUCAGCAUGUGUCUGGGUCUAUGGUGGGUGGGCAUGCCAUCAAGAUCCUGGGCUGGGGGGAGGAGGAUGGUGUUCCCUACUGGCUCUGUGCCAAUUCCUGGAACACUGACUGGGGUGAUAACGGAUACUUUAAAUUCCUGCGUGGAUCAGAUCACUGUGGUAUUGAAUCUGAGAUAGUGGCAGGGAUUCCCAAAUAAAACCUAAGGCUUUGAACUGCAGUGCAUCUGCCGUCAUUUGAUUAUCACUAGAGGAUGACACACUCCACGUUCAACUGCUUUUGUUCCCUGAAGUUAAAUCCCACUGAUGAUCUUGCAUACACAUUACGUGUUUUUUCUUCUUUUUUUUCUUUUUGACGGCACAUUGAAACAACUCCAGCCACUUUAACAUAAUUUAGGUGGAUUAGCAGAUGGAGUAUGACAGCAGCUGUGUUCCUGAGCACAAGUCUCUGCUGUCGAAUUGAAGGUGUUUUUUCAUGAGCUGCUGCGAGGUCCUGUUCCCUCACCUGUUGAAGCAGUCAAAUGUGGACUGUCACUGUUUUGUUCCCCCCCUGUUGUCACAUUUGCUUGCUGUACUGAUGGGAAGUUGUGGGCCAUUAUUUGAUUCUGAAUCAGGCAGCAAAGGUCAGUUUUGUUUAGUUUAGUUAGUUUUUAAUGAUCACAGCUUUUAUCAGAUUUUUUUAUCCAAUAUUUUUCUCAGUAUUGCAAAGGCCACUCCAUAAUGUUAGGAUGUACUCUCUGUAAUUGGUGCCUCUUGGUGUUUUUGAACUUACAGUUUAAACACAAAUAGAGUGUUUUUAUUGUCUGUCUAUUGAUCAAAAUAUUGACACAUAACUUUUGUUCUGAAGAAAUAAAAUAAAACAAUAUUUGGCUCCCAA